CCGAGCCAGGCAGGAAGUGCAUCUGGUUUCUAGCUGGACUAUGAGGAGACGAAGCUGUUUCUCACAGAGCUACCGGGACAGCAAACUGAGCGUUUGACGAGAAAACAUUUGAAGAUGGACGGUUAUCAAAGAGGACGGCCAUGGGGAAAGCUAGUCAAAGUGGAGUCCAGUGAAACUGUCCUGCUUUUCAACAGGGAAUGCACAGUUGGCAGGAAAAAAGGAUGUUAUCUGUCCUUCCCAGCCAACAAACUGGUCUCAGGGGAGCACUGCAAGAUUGUGCAAGAUGAAAGCUCAGGGCUGGUGUGGCUUGAAGACACAAGCACUAACGGUACAGUGAUCAACAUGUCCAAACUGGUCAAGAAGCAAACUCACAUGCUACAGAACGGUGAUGUCAUCUACUUUGUAUACAGGAAAAGUGAGCCAGAACAAAACAUUGCCUACGUUUACCACUCAAUCCAAAUGGAGCAUGCUAAUUCGGAACAUUGUUAUGACAUGGAGAGGUCAGCCCACAGUCCUGCCCCUGUUCCACCUUCAGAAGUGUCACUCUCUGUGGAGCCUGUAAUGCUCACAAAGGCUUCUCGUGAUCCAACUCUGGAGGAUCCUCAGCCCUCCACCUCCUCUUCCCACUUCUGUAUCGGGAGCCCUGCCACUUCUGGUUCCGUGGCAACAACAGCCUGUCCUGCUUCUGACCAGGCUAAAGAUACUGCCUCAGCACAGGACAAAGACAUGGACAACAUGGAGCCAGAAAGCAAGAGGAGGAAAACUGAAGACGUCAAAGAUUACAAUUUGGACUUGCCACACACCUCCAGCACAGAACUGGUCUGUUCACCUAAGGGAGCUCUUUUGUCUAAACCACCUGUGGAAGUGACUAAGACGGACAAGAUGGAGGAGAGCCUGACAUGUGUUAUUUGUCAGGACCUGCUGCAUGACUGUGUCAGCUUGCAGCCUUGCAUGCACGUCUUCUGUGCUGCCUGCUACUCCGGCUGGAUGGAGCGCUCUUCUCUUUGCCCCACAUGCCGCUGCCCUGUGGAGAGGAUUCGUAAGAACCACAUCCUCAACAACCUGGUGGAGGCAUACCUCAACCAGCACCCAGAAAAGAACCGCAGUGAUGAGGACCUGAAGAGCAUGGACAGCCGUAAUAAGAUAACUCAGGACAUGUUGCAGCCAAAAGUGGAGCGCUCCUUCUCAGAUGAGGAGGGAAGCUCAGAUUACCUCUUUGAGCUCUCUGACAAUGACAGCGACUCCUCAGACAUGGGUCAGCCUAUGGUUAUGUGCCGACAGUGUCCUGGCUACAGAAAGGAGGCCAGUCAGGUGCUAUUUGCUACAGGUUCCAACUACUGGGUGUCUGGUCUGCCAGCACCACCGCCUAUACCUCCUCCACCCAAACCACCAACUGAGGAGGGGUCCCCAAAGCCCACAGGGGAGCAGCCUUCAACAUCCUCUGCCAUCCCCUCAGGCCUGUCUGCAGCUUCUCAGGAGUACCGCUGCCCCCCCCAGGGCUGCCAUCUCAUCUGCACCUGCUGCCUCCAGCCAAUGCCGGACAGAUGGGCCGAGCCGAACAGUGAGCAGGUUAUUGCUCAACGAUGUGUGCUGUGCCAGCGUCCCUUCUGUCAUAUGUACUGGGGUUGCCAGAGGAUCGGCUGUCAAGGCUGUCUGGCUCGAUUCAAUGAGCUCAAUCUGACAGAUAAAUGCAUGGAUGGUGUGGUGAAUAACAAUAACUAUGAAUCGGAGAUCCUCCAGAACUACCUGUCUUCCAGAGGGAAGUCAUGGAGAGAUCUGCUACAGGAGUCUUUGCAGGCCUUAGAGCAGGGAAACUACUAUCUGUCAGAUUAUCGUAUCUCUCCAAAUGCCAUCCUGUGCUUCUGCUGCGGCCUGCGAGCAUUCAAGGAGUUGGCCUACAAGUACAGACAGAACAUCCCUCCGCAUGAACUGCCAGCUGCUGCAACAUCUCGUCCCGACUGUUACUGGGGACGCAACUGUCGUACGCAGGUGAAGGCGCAUCAUGCAAUGAAAUUCAACCACAUAUGUGAGCAGACACGUUUCAAGAGCUGAAGGAGCAGAAUGGUUUGCUUCUCCACCCAAGUGUCAAAUGAAGAUAACCGAGCAUCUCGUAGACACCAUCUUGUUGAAUUUUGUUGUGUCCAUUGUUGCUAAUUGCCUUCCAGAUGUUUUGCAAUAACGUAAUGCAGAAAUUACAAUCAUUAUCCAUUUACAAUAGUGACCAGUGUCUCACUCGACACAGGGGCUGUGUGAAAUAAUACUAUGCACAAUAACAUUAAAGUUCAGUGUUUACUGAAGGUUUAAACUGAUUUUUAGAGUGAAGAACUGGAAUAUUUAGCACAAGUCCUCAUUUAAAUUUAGAUGCAUUUUUCAAUAGCUCAUGCAUUUGCCAAUUCUACCAGGUAACCACAUACUAGAGAAAUACAUUAUUUGAUGUUCAAAAAUACUUCCUAAUAUGUCCUCCAGCCUAUGCGACAAAAAUGUUUUCUCAGAUAAAGAGCGACUGAGGCAAUCUGUAUGGAUCAAGGCCAUUUAUUUACGCUUGCACAUGUUGCUGAGAUUGUUUUGUAUUUUGUCUCCUCCAGCCUUGGGAAUUGUGGCUUUAAACACCUUGCGUACAUUAACCUUCUUUAAUUGUGAUAUAUUUUAACAGUCUAAUGACAUGUUGAGUUAAGAAUUCAGGGCUUCCUACAUAAUGUUGAUGAAACAUUACAGUAGUAGUGAUUCUAGUGCUACAGUUUCAUACCAAGACACAAUCAGUUUCCAAGAUCCAAACUUUAUUCUACAUUAUAAAGUGUAAAAGUCUCACCUCUGAGGGACUUUUCUUGUUUAGCCAGUGCAUUUUUGUGUUUCCAGACAAGGGCAAAAAGCCAAGCAUACAUACUAGGGUAGAUUUAUAAUCCCAUGUGAUAUUUCUAGAGGAUUGGGAAGGGGAUCAAUGUGUUGUGACGCUGUCAGAGGGCAUAGGGUCCUCUGUUGUAUGCUUUUCUCUGGAUAAUCAUCUCCAAGGUGAUUAACUUGCAGUGGGGACACUUUCUCUAAACCUCACAGUAAGGGCUGAGCUGUGAUGAAAUGCACAGUUAGUCCAAGUAGAGUCUUGAGAGGAAAAAAUAGCUUGCACUCCAGGCAACCAGUAGUGGUUAAAUAUGCCGUAGGGAUGUUGCUUUUAGUGGUCAUAGAGUAGAGUUUUCUUAUGCAAAUUUUUACAGAAUACUAACACAGAAUUCAGAAUCAACAGUUUAAAGAGUCGUGCCAAAACAAACGUUCUGUAGUCAUUUGGGUUUCAAUUUUAGAUGUUCUAGCUUAACUUGCCAGAAUUUCGAUAGAGGUUUAUUCAGAUAGUUUUUUUCUGUUUAGUUUCCGUUUGGAUUUUCUCUGGUUCCUCAGGUACAUAUAGAUACUGUUUUGUUGUUUUGAUUGCAGGUUAACUACUUUGGUGGUUAAAAUAAUUCUGUGUCAACAUGUCACUCAACAAUCAUGUUGCAUUGGAUGGCCUCUCAAUUUAUGACUAUCAUCCCCCAAGUGUCAGUACGUCCCCAUCAUGAAAACAUGCCCAGCUAGUGAUAUCCCCUGUAAAAACAAUCUAAUAAAUUAGCCUUUUGGUUUUUUGGAAAUUAGUUUCUAGAUAUGAAAUUUGAGGAUCACUAUUGGUGUGUAGAAAAUGUGUAGAAUGGGGGACAAAAAACAUGUUAAAAGCUGGCCUUAGCGAAGGCCAUCAGUUGGUUGAGAAGAAUAUGCACUAAAUGUGUGAUAUCUGCACAUAGCUUGUCCCACAUAAACAAAAAGGCUUAUUUUUCAGUCUUCAAUCUUGAAGCUUUUUCAUGGAGCGAUAGUCUGGUUAUGACAUAUGAUGUGUGGUCAUAUGAAGAGUUUCAUUCCAAAAUGAUAUGUCCAUCAUCAGGAAGAAAUGCAUUGGAAGAAAAAUAUAACUUAUUUUUAAAGGACAUCCUUGAUACUUUAAUUAACUUCUGCAUUUUUUAUUAUAUAGUAUUAGUAACAUUAGCUAUAGCUUAUAUGGAUUCAACUUGUAUUAUUUUUUUUUGACUGUAGUUUCAUAUAAAUGUCUUGAUUCAAAGUGUUUGUGAAAAAUGUGAUUUUGAAUGGGCACUUUCCUGGCCUCUGCAAGUUAGUUAAGUGCAGUUCAUUUGUGGUGUUAGCAAGGUGGUAUAAGUGUGUCUUAUUUUUUUAUUUUCCUACCCCCUCAGUCAUGGUGGGUCUACACUGGCAUUCCUCAGCAGCUCAGGCCCUCAGCACAAGCCCUGUCGAUCCCCCGACAGAGUGGCUGGGUUUAAAUUAUUCCCUACCGGAGAUCUGGGCGCCCUAAGCCAACAACAGAAUCAAGCCGCUCCAAUCAGGAAUUGGUAAUAAAGAGGCUUAGGAGGAGUGCUUUGCAAUCUCCCUGUGGUGGGGUGUUGGAGGGCAUGUUGCAUGCUAAUAUUUACUCACUUGUUGUGCAUAAGUCUGGACCGGGCUGCUCAGCAGUAUGGAAGAGGCAGGUUUCAUUCUACCUCAUCAAAGCUCCCAGAAAUAUGGGAGACUGAAAAGGCAUCAGUCACAGUCACAUCAGUUCAAAGCUGUCACAUCUCUCAAUGGGAAGGGUGAAAGUCCUCACUGAUGAUGCCUGUGAACUUUGUAUGCAAUGCACUAUUUGAAUAGUUGGUUUAGAGUACCUGAGUUCUAGUUCAAUUGCUAUAGAGAAGCACUAGGCACAUUAAAAAAUGUUAUGAGGACUUGUGUUUGAGAAAUAUGUCUGAGAGUUUGAUAAAUGCCUAUUUAGCCUUUUAUGUUGUAUUAGCAAAGCUAAAAUAUUUUUGAAAUUCAUAGGGUUCUUAUUUUCGGAUUAGAUUAAAAGACUGAUAUAUAGAAACUGAUUUGCUUUUGCCAGUACCUUCACUUAAAGUCGUGUAUUAUUGUUACUUCUCUUUGAUUUCUAUAUCUACUCUGUGUAUCUCUCUUUGUAUGCUUUUGACACAAGAAGGCUGCUUUCAUUUUCAUCUGCUGAUGGUGGAAAGUUUCGGUGUUUGCCUCAAAUCAAUUUUAAAGGGAUACGUCAGUAUUUUCAGAAUCAUGAUCCAGUUUAUUGGCAAGUAGGUUUUUACCCACAAGGAAUCUACUUUUUUUCCCAGCCCUGUUUUCCCAUGUUUUUUUGUCCAUGUGACUAACAGGGACAACAUUUUUGAAAUUGGUCCAGUAUUGAGCGAGAGAGCUGCAAAUGCAAAACAGAGUGCAAUGUAAUCCUCCGAGGGAAUUGAGCACAGUCAAUGUACGUCCACUAAAAGUGCUAGUUUUUGCCACUAACUAUAAUUGUUAUUAUAAGUGUCUGACAACAUUAUGGAAAAGACCCUUCAGAGAAAUAAAAAGUUUUUCUUAAAUCUUU